AGUACUGAUAAUAUGGUGCUUUUAAACAGAACAGAGACAAUACAAUUUCUUUUAACUUCAGCAAUAGCGGAGAAACAUCAAUGUCUCAUUGUAAUUGUCUGAAUGCAUUGAUUGUAUGAAUGAACAAAAAAUGCAAUCUAUCCAGAAAUGGAAAAUUGGACAGAGGUGUCCGAAUUCAUUCUCCUAGGCUUAACAAAUGACCACACACAGCAACGUGUUCUCUUCACAGUUUUUCUACUGCUAUACCAGACUUGCUUAUUUGGAAAUGGAGCCAUCUUAGUAGUUACCUUUGUUGAACCACGAUUACACACCCCCAUGUAUUUUUUCCUAGGGCAUCUGUCAUUUUUGGAUAUAUGUUGUUCUACAGUAAUUGUGCCAAAAAUGUUGACUGGGUUCAUAACAGAGCAACAAACUAUUUCCUUUGUUGGCUGCCUCACUCAGCUGCAUUUCUUUCACUUCCUGGGCAGCAGUGAGGGCAUGCUUUUGGCUGUCAUGGCAUUUGACCGUUAUGUAGCCAUAUGUAAUCCUUUGCAUUAUACCAUUAUCAUGAAUAAAUUGACUUGUGUUAUGCUAGUUGGGGUCACCUGGGUCAUUGGUUUCUUUCAUGCCCUGAUGCAUACAGUGGUGACCUCCCAGGCAUGGUUUUGUGGUCCUAAUCUUAUCCAGCACUUUUUUUGUGACAUCAAACCUCUCCUCAUGUUGGCCUGCAGCAGCAUAGUCCUAAACCUCACACUUCUUAAUGUUGUCACUAGUGGUAUUGCUCUGACCUCUUUUUUCCUUACUCUCUUGUCCUAUCUUUACAUUGUCACAUUCCUGUUUUUCAAAGCCAGCUUGUGGCAGAACCGUUGGAAAGCUUUCUCCACCUGUGCUUCCCACCUGACAGUUGUGGCUCUUUUGUACAUCCCUGUUAUUUUUAAUUAUAUUCUUAGCUCUGCUGCUGAAUCUGCUGAAAGGGAGAUGAGCAUGACUCUGCUGUAUAGUGUCUGCACUCCAGUUUUAAAUCCUUUGAUUUACACUUUGAGAAAUCAAGAGGUCAAAUCUGCUCUAAGAAAAAUCCUAUGCAGAAAAUCUCCUUCUAGAGGAACAUAAACACAUAGAGGAAUGAUAUAGAUAUAACAUUAGAAUUUCUUUGAAUGGGAAAACUUGAUUUUUUGGAAGUCUCAUUGGAAACAUGAAAAGUAAGUUCACCUUCAGUCCCUGAAGCUGGUUGGGCCUUCUCAAACCAAUCUCCUAUCACCAAUUGCUCACUUACCUUUCAAAGAUCUCCAGAAUUCAAUAUGUCAGGAAAGGAGAAGAGGCUGGGUAAUGUAUCAUGCAGAGGCCAUGCCCACCCCAGCUCCAACAAUGCGAAAAAAGUUGCAAUACAUCGCAACAUGUCACAUGAUGUGGCAAG